AUGACAUCCUCUCUGAAGGCCUGGGGCACUUUCUUGGCCCUGCUGUGGCUCCAAUGCAGGCUACUUGUGCAUGGCAACGACAUUCCUAGACGGGAGUUUAUGGCCAAGCACCACCUCAAUCCAAGCCAAGAAUUCCAUGCAUACAAAUGUGACGUCCUCAUGAGGGAAAGAGCGCUGGAACACCAGACCUCGCACCUGUUCCUUUAUACCUUAUGGUACAAAAUUGAGCAGAUAUGUGUUAGUGGAAACUGGAAAAACUGGUUCAAAAAUACAUACAUAUGGGCCCAGGGUCCCAUCAGAGUGCUCAAGUGUCACCGGGAGAGUUUCGCAAACAGCUACAGAGAGAGUAGGAGCUACAGCUAUGUUCAGUUCCACUGUAGCAUGGGAGGGUAUGUUGAUAGCAUAGAAGACAUAAAGAUUAUAGAACCUCUCUUCUACUAA